UUUAUCUUCCCAAAUGUUCUUUGUUGUCCUUUGAAUCCAAUCUUUUCCACUAAAACCCACCCCAAAAUCAGAGGGGUUUUGGUUUGGUUAUCGAAUGGCGUUUUCAAACACAUCCUACUUAUUAUCUCCAUCAUCUUUAUACAGAUUUAAUCCUGCUUUAUUCUCUCAUCAUCGCCGUCAUAAUAUCACUUAUCCUAGAUUCCCUUUUCGCAUUCUCAACCCAAGGUUUGUAGCAGUUGCAGCAUCAGAGAAUGGAGUAUUCACAUCUUCAGAGAUUGGGAAAUCUUUUGAUUUUACUUCCGAGGAACGGAUAUACAAUUGGUGGGAAUCACAAGGGUAUUUCAAGCCAAACUUUGAUAGAGGAAAUGAAUCUUUUGUUGUUACGAUGCCGCCUCCCAACGUGACUGGUUCGUUGCACAUGGGGCAUGCUAUGUUUGUGACUCUUGAGGAUAUUAUGAUCCGAUAUAACCGGAUGAAGGGCAGGCCGACACUCUGGCUCCCUGGAACAGAUCAUGCAGGCAUUGCGACCCAGUUGGUUGUGGAAAGAAUGUUGGCUGCUGAAGGAAUAAAGAGGGUUGAAUUGGGUAGAGAGGAGUUUACAAAGCGAGUUUGGGAGUGGAAGGAAAAGUAUGGGGGAACUAUCACGAAUCAGAUAAGGCGACUUGGUGCUUCUUGUGAUUGGACCAGAGAACAUUUUACACUUGAUGAGCAGCUAAGCCGAGCUGUUAUUGAAGCCUUUAUUAAGCUUCACGAGAAAGGGCUUAUCUAUCAAGGGUCUUACAUGGUCAACUGGUCCCCAAAUUUACAGACUGCAGUUUCAGACUUGGAAGUCGAAUAUUCUGAAGAACCUGGUAGUCUGUAUCAUAUUAAGUAUCGUGUUGCUGGAGGUUCUAGGGAUGACUGGCUAACAAUAGCAACCACAAGGCCAGAAACUUUAUUUGGUGAUACAGCCGUGGCCGUGCAUCCUGAGGAUGAAAGAUAUGCUAAAUAUAUUGGAAAAUCAGCCAUUGUUCCAAUGACUUUUGGGCGUCAUGUCCCAAUAAUUGCUGAUAAGUAUGUAGAUAAAGAUUUUGGAACUGGCGUUCUAAAGAUAAGCCCUGGGCAUGAUCACAAUGAUUACCUUCUAGCUAGAAAACUUGGUCUUCCUAUACUUAAUGUCAUGAACAAAGAUGGAACACUUAACGAGGUUGCUGGACUGUACAGCGGUCUUGAUCGUUUUGAGGCACGAAAGAAGUUAUGGUCAGAACUUGAAGAAACAGGCUUAGCUGUGAAGAAAGAAGCACACACGUCACGGGUUCCGCGAUCUCAACGAGGUGGAGAAAUUAUAGAGCCUCUGGUGAGCAAACAGUGGUUUGUGACCAUGGAGCCUUUGGCUGAGAAGGCCCUUGAGGCAGUUCGAAAUGGAGAUUUAACCAUUAUGCCUGAAAGAUUUGAAAAGAUAUAUAACCACUGGCUAUCAAAUAUCAAGGAUUGGUGUAUAAGCAGACAACUGUGGUGGGGACACAGGAUUCCUGUUUGGUAUAUUGUAGGCAAAGAUUGUGAAGAAGAUUAUAUAGUUGCUAGGAGUAAUGAUGAAGCUGUUAGAAAAGCUCUACAAAAGUAUGGGAAAAAUGUUGAGAUAUAUCAAGAUCCAGAUGUUCUAGACACUUGGUUUUCCAGCUCGUUAUGGCCCUUCAGUACUUUGGGAUGGCCUGAUGUGUUUGCAGAGGAUUUUAAACGGUUCUACCCAACAUCAGUGCUUGAAACAGGGCAUGACAUUUUGUUUUUCUGGGUGGCACGUAUGGUGAUGAUGGGCAUUGAGUUCACGGGGACUGUCCCAUUUACCAAUGUGUAUCUGCAUGGACUUAUACGAGAUUCUCAAGGACGAAAAAUGUCUAAAACAUUGGGAAACGUCAUAGACCCCUUAGAUACUAUCAAAGAGUUUGGCACUGAUGCUUUGCGAUUUACACUUGCAUUAGGAACUGUGGGUCAGGAUCUAAAUUUAUCAACUGAGAGACUAACUUCUAACAAGGCGUUUACCAACAAAUUAUGGAAUGCUGGUAAGUUUGUUCUGCAAAAUUUACCUAGUCGAAGUGACGUGUCAGCUUGGGAACGCUUAUUGGCCCAUAAGUUUGAUGAUUUAGAGCAUCUGCUUGGUCUUCCUUUACCCGAGCAUUGGGUGAUUUCAAAAUUGCACAUAUUGAUUGAUUCAGCCACAACAAAUUAUGACAAGUUUUUCUUUAAUGAUAUCGCACGAGAAACAUAUGAUUUCUUUUGGGGUGAUUUUGCUGAUUGGUAUAUUGAAGCAAGUAAAGCACAUCUUUACCAGUCAGAAGAUCAAGCACUUGCUUCUACAUCCCAAGCAGUUCUUUUAUAUGCUUAUGAAAACAUAUUGAAAAUACUUCAUCCAUUUAUGCCCUUUGUUACUGAAGAAUUAUGGCAGGCACUGCCUAAUAGGAAAGAAGCUCUAAUAGUGUCUCCAUGGCCUCUUACUUCACUCCCAAGGAAUCUCACUGCUGUAAAAAGAUUUGAAAACUUACAAGCCUUGACACGAGCAAUUAGAAAUGCAAGGGCAGAGUAUUCCGUGGAGCCUGCAAAGCGUAUAUCUGCAUCUAUUGUUGCCAAUUCUGAUGUCAUACAAUAUAUUUCUAGAGAAAAAGAUGUAUUGGCUCUUCUGUCCAGACUUGAUAUGCAAAGCAUCAAGUUUACAGAUUCCCCCCCAGUGGAUGUAAAUCAAUGUGUUCAUCUUGUUGCCGGGGAAGGGCUAGAGGCGUACCUUCCACUUGCAGAUAUGGUAGAUAUCUCUGCAGAAGUUCAACGGCUAUCAAAACGCCUCUCAAAGAUGCAAACUGAAUAUGCUGGUCUUCUGGCUCGCUUGAAUUCUUCUAAUUUUGUUGAGAAAGCUCCGGAAGAAGUUGUUCGUGGUGUUCGUGAAAAGGCAGCAGAGGCCGAAGAAAAACUGAAUCUUACGAAAAAACGUUUGUCUUUCCUUCAAUCAACAAUUUUGGUCUCAGAUUAAGUCUAAUAUAUUUUGUAUGUUCACUCUGUAAAAUACUUGUUAAUUCUCAGUGCAUUCCUAACGUCCUUGGACCGCGCCUUUCCUUUA